ACGGAAAAAAUUCCAUCCCCUACCUUUCACAUGUACGUACGUAGAGAGAGUAUUAGUAGAAACUCCGCCAGAGUAGGUAAUUGGAAUUCACGUCAUCAUGCCCAUCAUGUGUUCCAGGGGCACCUGGCCAGUCUCAACCACCCUACCCUUUUCUUCUCUCUCUUUUCGAGUAUUUAGUGUAGAUAAUACCAUACUCCGUGUCAAAACCGCGUCUUCACCACCCCUAAAUAUUCGGUUUUUCAGCUUUUGCUUCCUCACAAAUCCACAAUCCCGGAUUUCCCCGACUCUCGCCGACUCUCCAAAAACUCUAUAAGAAACACCCAUCACACUCUUUCCCUACUAUUCCACCCAACUCUUUGAUUUUCAGCAAAGAUGAGUCACUACAAUCAGCACCAGGCUCCGGUUGGUGUCCCUCCUCCUCAGGGUUACCCUCCCAAGGAUGCAUACCCUCCUCCAGGGUACCCUCCACAAGGGUAUGCACCUCAACAGGGCUACCCACAGCAGGGAUACCCACAGCAGGGAUACCCACAACAGGGCUACCCACCACAACAGGGAUAUGCUCAGCCUCCUCCUCAACAGAAGAGCUCUAGUUGCCUUGAAGGAUGUCUAGCGGCGCUUUGCUGUUGUUGCUUGUUGGAUGCUUGCUUCUGAGGAGAUUCGAUGCUACAUUGCUUCGCUGCGGGGUAACAUGUCAUUGAAGUUUACAUGUAGGAUCAAGUAAUACUGUCUGAUGUUUGGCAGUGUUUAGUUUGGAAUUAUGUAAUGCAGACUCAUUAGGUGAACAAAUUUUCUCUUUCGAUUGAAUAAUAGUAGGCAUGUUUAUUUUGGAUAUUGCGGAUAUUGUUCUAUCAGAUGGUUGAAUCUAAUUACAUUGUCCUUCAGUUUUCGUACUUGGGAGGGUAUAUGCAUGAUGUCUCUGGAUUAUAUUGUGAUGUCUUUUUCUUAUGGGUAAAUUUUAAUUGAAAAUC